GCUUGGCUAACGCACAGACGGUGUAGGUGACAUUGUAAGGAAAACAAAAAUAAAUGUUCGGUCAUUGCUGAUGGCACUGUUUCACUGGGGAGGUUCGCAAUCGAUUGAAAGACGUUCUACUGCUGACUGAGGCCAUCAGUGCACUCGCAGCCACUCUCGACGCGUGGAACAGCGCUCAGUCAGUCAGUGACUGAACAUUGCACUUGCACCACUACGCAGGGCACAUAUGUUCUCGGCCGCGGCCGCCUGCUGUUGGUCCCUGCAGCCGGGGGCAACUGGACCCACUGUGCUUUCGAUGGCCGGCCCUAAUGCUGGCGCCAGCCUGGCCACAGCGAGCUGUCUGGGUGCAGCCUGGGGGCGACACGGUUUUCCCGCGGCGCCUGCAGCCACCGCGGGGCUAGGGUGCCACGCUCCAUCGUUUGCAGCGGCGUCAUACGGUGCCGUCGGUACCGGAGCGUGGUCGCUUGGCGGGGCUUCUGGCGGUUUUCUGUCGUGGCCCAUGAUACGCAAGCAGCGCCGUAGCCGUACGGCCUUUACGCAGCAGCAAUUGUCGGCGCUGGAGCGCAGCUUCGCUCGGGCACCCUACCCGGACGUGUGGACGCGUGAAAGUCUCGCGCUCACCACGAACUUGCCUGAAGCACGGAUUCAGGUCUGGUUCAAGAACAGGAGGGCUAAGCAUCGCAAGACGCAGAAGCAGAUGAGCCCUGUGAGCGCAGUCAGCAGUGCAAAAAGCGACGCGGAAGUCGGCAGAGACAACGAAGAAGAAACGUUCGACGGUUUCCGUCCGGCCAAAGCACCUUUGGCCUCUUGCGUCGCUCACCGGCAUCCAGUCACGGUGGACGAUGCGGCGUGCAGGUCGUGGCUAAGCUCGCGGCCGCUGCUUCACGAAGAGCGAACGCCGGCGUCCCUGCGAGUGGCCAUGGGCGGCGACGACACGUUCCAGCCGCUGCACUGCCCGUCGAUGAGGGGAGGCGUCCAGCCCGCGGCCGAAUACUCGACUCCACCGCCCAGUGUUUCCGACGCAGCGGCCGUGCUAGGCUGUGCGGCGAGCCCCGCACAGCAGCAGUGCUGGCCCGCAUUUGCAUCGCCGACGGCGCACGCGGACGCAGCGGCACGGGCUCACCAGAAGGCUUGCGCCUUCUCGGCGAGGCUGGCGCACUGGUCCGAUUACUCGAGGAGAACGAGAGCGUCGCACGAGCCGGCGUGAGCUCGUCCUUGGCAGUGAUGCCGCGCACUCGCUUCAAGUAAAACUUUCGCCAUCCGUUUUUGAAGCUUCUUCAUCUGAAAGGUUUAGCAGAGAAUAAAUCGCAGUGUGGACGGAUAAGGCAGGUUGCGAACGUAGUUCCCGCGCCUACUAGGGCGCCCCUCGCGGCGGCGAGCGGGGACCCGGCAGGAUACG